AUGAACCAGGUAUUCAUGCCGCACCUCAGUAAGUUUGUAAUUGUCUUCUUCAACGACAUCUUGAUCUAUUCAAAGACCCUAGAAGAACACAUGCGGCACCUAGAUCUAGUCUUGCGCACCUUGGAAGAAUAUCACUUCUUCAUCAAGCCUUCCAAGUGCGCCUUUGUUCAGACCGAACUUGAUUACCUUGGGCAUGUAGUAUCCGGGGAUGGUGUUCGGGUGGACAUCCGAAAAAUUGAGGUCAUGACGGAUUGGCCGCUACCCAAAGAUAUUUCGGCCUUGAGGGGAUUCCUAGGACUCACCGGCUACUACCGACGGUUCGUCAAGGGCUAUAGCCUCAUUGCAAAGCCACUCAUGACCAUGCUGAAGAAGGAUGGGUUUGAAUGGACCCCUGCAGCCCGCCAAGCAUUUGAAGAUCUCAAACGGUCCAUGACUCAGACCCUGUGCUUGCAUUACCUGACUUCAGCAAGCCAUUCCAAGUUUUCACCAAUGCAAGCAAUGACGGGAUUGGCGCGGUCUUAG